ACGAUUCGGUUAUCCAAAGUAAGCGGAUCCCGAUGGUUUCACUUACGAAGGGCGGGAAGAACUCAAGAGGAGCUACUUCGUCAACCAUACUACUGUUGGAUACUUUUAUCUAGAAGAAUCGCAACACAGUCACCUGACGGCCCUUUCGGUCACAAUAAAAGCAACAGCACCCAGUACGCGGAAUUCAGCGUGGAGAAGUGGAGAGAAGUGAAUUCUGAAGCACACAACCAUACCCUGUCACAACCGCAAGUGGCCUGGAUGCACUACCGUCAGCGACCAGCUAUACAAGAUAUGAAUGUAACGUCCAACGGGAACCUGCCUAACUACUAUACGUCCCGAAUGCCAAAGAGAAAGGACACUGAACAGCAAACGAGGCGUAUGGCCAGACGGGACUCUGAUCACAAGUUAGCUCCUCUGUGUCCUUUGUUGUCCAGUACCUCAUCCAACCUGUGUGAUAUUGACAUUCAGUGUCCCGAGUUGGCGGAAACGAUCAGACGGCGGAAAGAUAAGGCUGCCAAACUUCAGAAUUCACCUGACCGACACCAACCAUUAGUGACCAAGUCCGUAGUACCGAUUGGAGAUGGCGCAUUGAACCAGCUGACUAAGUCGACCAGGGUGACCAAAACGAAGCAUGUCUCUUUCGUGACAAGGCAAUCCGAAAUAAUGGGAGACUACGGCCGGCACUACUCACCAAACUUUAGUAGAUUAGAAGCAAGCUUCGUCCCAGCUAAUAUGAGAUACGCUCAAACAACUUUUGCUUUUGAACAAAUGGUUAGAUUGCGAAGACUGGAACGCGACACUAGUAAGGGAGAUACUGGAUUUUUCAAGUGCGGUAAUCUGCAGCCGACGCCAAGGACACAAGAAAAUAUAUUCAAAAAAGGACGAAGUAAGGAACACGGUUUCAGCAAGCGCCGCCCCUGGACAGCCCCAGGUGUUUUAACAUUGAAACAGUGGAGAACAUAUCCCGAAGAAACAUCUGGUCUCAAAACUGCUGAAAAUGAAGGAGUGCUGCGAGGUGUCGCCGGCAUAGUUGAAAAGCAUCAACCGGAGCCAAGUGGCAGGUGUCCAAGGUUCUACUCAUGUGAUGCCCAGCCAAUGCUAUUAAGCACACCAAUCGACUCCGGAUUACUUCAAACAUCAAGGUUCUCAAUGCACCUAGAUUCCGAGGAGGAAGUGUCUCUCAGAGAGCAGAGGGGGCUGCUCAUGAGACGUACUCCUGGGGCUGAUUUGAGAGAUGGAACGUUUCUUAAGCAUCGGCAUCCCACCGUGCCUAGGGAAUUACAUACCACACUCUUGAGUACGCCUAAUCUGCAAGUGGGGCGAAAAACCAAACGGCAGACUUACAGCGAAAAAAUGCAAAUGGAUAACCAGUUUGCAAGUGAAGCAAGCACUAACAAACACAUGAUUCUGCCGAAUUCGUGCGCUGAUAGGGCCUUUCAGCUGCUACUUCCGAGGUCCUUUCUGGCACCCCAGUUACCAAAGAAAACACGUGCCACGCAAACAAGCAUGGUAGAACUGGUAUCUACCUCUGUUGCAGCACAACCCAUACUCCAGAAAAAUAUUAGUACCAUGUGGUCGUUACCUGCUCAAGGUACUAUUUCAUCCGCACUAGGAGAGCCUCUCGACUUGCACUCACAAAAUGACGAAUCAGCAAAGAACAGCGAAGCGAUCGGUACGAUCGCUCGUAACAUCCCCUCCGAGGAUGGGGUCAGAUCAGUCUCAUUUGGCAUGAUUAAACACGGUGAUGGCUCUGCAGGACCCUUGACCUCUAAAAGCAGGCAAUUUUCUCACCUAGCCGAAACCACUGAAUUAGAUAACCUACAGAAAGGACUAUGGAAUUUCUCCAAGUGUCCGGUGGACAGUGGUAGAAUCGUGGUUCCACAACAAACGUUGAUGGCUUUUCAAGCAAUCAGUCACAACAGAAGCGAGGCUCUACUCAACGCUAUAUUGUUUCUUAUAGACAGAUAUCGUGCAAGUGUAGGAGAUGCGAGCAGCUCUUCGAGGCAUCAAAUGGAUACAGCGUGCGCAAAUCAAGAGACGAACAUGCAAGAUGCUAAUAAACAGUCCGUGCUCCAUUUCACCGAACAGAGCGAUCCACAAAAACACCUCCUAAAAUCACCUGUUGCGGAGUCGGUGUCAGCUGCGAGGCAAAGCAACAAGGCGUUCACCUUAACGCAACAAGAGAUGCAGGCGUCGCGUUCACAACUCUUGUCGCUAAAUGCGCAGUCUGUGGAGUCUGGAUCGUUGGGAUCAUCAGCCCGUAGAUUAUCGCAGUUGGUACGUGAAGAUAGUCGGUAUCUAUCCCGUGAUCCUACUGUCAGUUGUGCUAUAUCUGAGGAUCCGACUAAGAAACACAAUCCAUUUGGUGUCACUGUAUUAAAGUCGCCUAAUUACAUAAAUACACGUGAUAAUGAGUUUGGCAGCGCGAAACAUUUUGAGGCACAACCUACGGGAUGGGAAAAAAGGAAGAGGUGGUCUGUCGAACAGGAGUCAGGGAUGGGCAGCGAUAAGUGCAGCGAGGUCUUAGUAUCCUCUGAGAAUGGAGUUUCCAGAGGCUCAGAAACAACCGUUACUCAUUCUACCUCCCAUACUGACACCAGCUACUCUGAUUCCACGAACGAAUCAGAGAAUUCUGUGCACCAGCAAGCGGACGGAGAACCUCCAUUCCAUCCACCUUGCAAACAUCUGCUGUACAGAAAUGUUUACUGCACCACUUAUGGCGGCGUCAACAGUCCCCCAAAAACCACGCUUAAGGGCCUUAGUGGACGCCGUUCCGAUAUUCGACAUGAGCAGGUUUCCUGUGGGGUGCAAACAUCCAGAUCUUUGUCAUCGAAGGAAGAUAUCGAGAAUCUUACUCUGGUGGAUAAGUUUGAUUGUGUUGAAGGUGUUGUGACCGAGCAAGCGAUGUUGCCAGAAAUGGUUGACCAGAAAUCAGAGGGUCAGACAACUAAAGAUAACGAACAAGGCAAGUGGUGCUUGUGUGCAGCAGCUGAACCGAUAUUUACCAAGCAGUUUUCAGAGACUGAGCCGGUUAUGUUGUGUGAAAAGGUGAAAUUAAACGAACCAAACGUUGAAGAAUCGCCAGAUGAUACGUACCCAUAUGGACUUAUGUGGGAAAUUAUUAAAACAUGGCAAAAAGCAAAGCGUCCCCUGAACGAAAGCUGUGCCCACAGAACUACUAUGGAAGCGCUUCGUUUGAUCUUCCGACUCGCCGGUCCGCAAACCUCUAUUGCAAGUACGCUGCAAGCGUUGAGACCGUUUUUCGAGGUCCAGUUACGUCAGUGUUUGAAUAGCCCACCAUCGCUAACCCAAGCGGAACAAGAUGUUUUUCGUCACUUCACGUACCAAUGGUACAAUAGCCUGCCAUUGGAGGAUGCUUCAAUUAAGCCCCCGAUUAAUCACCUGAAAGUAACUGAAAGAAUAUGUGGAAACGAAGAUCUGCACGAACCUUGGGAUGAAAUGUCGGCAUUAUACUCACUGCUUCAGUUGACGCAUGUGUUACUCGCCAAUGCAGACAGUAUAAGCCAACGGGCGACCGCAGAUUUGCAUGCAUGUAGCAGAGCCAAGGUGACGGAUGGACACUACCCUGUAAACGAAAGCCGUGCUUCAAAACCGAUUGAUGUACACGAGACAAUCUGCGAAACCUCAUCGUACGCAAAUGUGGGACAGGUAUCGCCUAAUAAGGGGAGUUUGCACAAGUUGGUGCUUAGCCUGCUUCAACAGAACGCCUCACCAAAUGCCGUCACAGUUCAAACACUGGAAGAGGUUUCUUCCAUUAAAUAUGAACCAAAAGUUCUGGUAACAGACAAGGUACCAUCAGAUAAAUGCAAAAGCCAAACACGUUUCAAAAAAGUGAGGUCAUCAAGAGGGAGAAAACGCUAUAUUACGCCUGAUAUGUGGAAAAACAACAGGAAAGUGAAUGAUCUAUGGGAACCAAAAGAACGGUACACUCCGGACAAACACUGCCUUAGAAUAAUCUCAGAAGUGCCUUGGGACCCUACAGUGGAACGCAUCCGUCGACCUACCAUGGCUUCACGAGUGAGGAGGUGUCAGACGUUUAACCAGGUAUACAAUGUUGCCGUCGCAGCUCUCGAAAAUCGCCUCACUUCUGAUGACCCAAGAAACAAAAGAGAUGUGUAUUCCAAACUGCAGGUUCAGGACCAGAACCUGUUUGUCACGAAAAUGCAGAAGCCACCCACUUUUCCUACGGAAACCGGAAUUUCGCAUCACCCGUGCAAUACGUUGGCGAUCACAGCUUCACUAGGAGCCGAAACUAUCCGAGGACCUUGCAUGGAUAAACCUGGAACCUCCAAUCCACUCUCAUACCCCAACUGUCCUGCGAGCUCAUGUAAGAACAAAAGAAUUAUACAAAGUGAGACUGACCCGCGCAUAUCGAAGGAGAGUAGCAUGAAUGUCAAUUGCCACUACGUACGUUCAGUGGGGAGUGUAGACAGUGACGGACUAAGUGACUCACCUUCGGCACAACGGCAUGGAAUGGUUCGAGUUGGUGGCCUAGACAUACAACGCAGGCCUAUAUCUGCAAGCUGUUUAUCGCAACUAUUACCUCAGCCAACUAAGCACAGUCAAAGCAUAUUACAAACGUCACCUCGUUUUUGCAAUAAGACGGAAUGCAUUCCAGUUAAUCAGCAGAAUCAGGGAAAUUCUAGUAAAUUCGUAAUCCACAGUCAGCAUAUCCGUGCUGAUGAUCAAAACGAGAGAGGGUAUUACGGUGGUGAUGCUAAUGGGUCGUGGAAUACCCAAAUUGCAGUCGAUUCGUACAAUAUUUGUAUGCGUCCUUCUAGAGUGAGUGAAUAUGAGGGCGCCGUUGGAUUAGGAACCUCGUAUCCGGCGCCUUUGUUUGAGCACCAUCCUGCUUUCCUUACACCAUGCAGCGUGUUUAGUGAGAAUUCAAGUAAUGAAGAUACUACCCUGUACACUGCAGUACCGUGCAGAUACCAUCCAAGUUCGUUAGAAUUGAACAUAACUGAUGAUCAUUCAACAGUGAAACGACCCGAUGUAACAGAUCCAAAUUGUGCAGGUGUGAUGGUGCAGAAUUGUAUAUUCGACCACGGUGAGUCGCCGGAAGCUCAGCACUCCAGUGCUUCGUACCAUGAGCUGAAUGUGGCAGAUCGAAACAGUGACGGUCGUCACCUGAACAGUAUGUCACCGGUCUGGAACAUGCAUCUGGAAGGAGAUAAGGCAAGUGAAACCACAACCGACAGUGAACUAUACGGUGGUUUGAUCCGAGGCUUAUUGUCGAGGAGCUCUACCCCCACUGGGAUUGCAAUCCCUCUGCAUGACGCUGCUGACUCCAUCCUCGCUAAAGUUAAGAUGUCAGGCAGUGUGGGCUUUCUUGGGGUACAGACCAAGAAAGACAUUCCACUACUUUUCACACCUAAGAAAGACAACACGCUUGACUCUAACCAUGGGUGCAUUUAUCGCACUUCGGGAAGUGGAAGGAAAAUUCGUAGGCAAAAAAGGCGCUUGUUGAAUGUGCUUAGUGCUACGGAAAGCAGACAAAGGUUUGCACGCGUUACUCAAGCGAAAAGUUUGUCCAACCACAUCGCUUGCUCAAAAAUGCAGAUAAUGCAACCUUUGCGGUGCCAGUCUGUUCCCCUAUGCUCACUAAACAAACAUGUCCGACCCGCCCGGUUCGGAGUGAAUGGUGGACAUGCUGGCAAUGGUAUGGUGGGCACUAAAUGCAAAGAUGCGGUCAAAAGUCAGAAACGAUGUAGCACAGCUGUGAAUCCGCUCUGGAAACUCCGCACGCAUUCUUCAAAACAAGUACGAUCAUGGUCAGUGGGAGCAGCUAGGCAAGUCAAACCCAUCAGCGGUUUACAUCACAAGGCAACGGAACGGCGAAACAGGAAAGUGCACAAGAAAAGCUCAAGACGUGCUUUUUUCCCAAGACAGCAUUGGAAAAAUGAAAGCUCCUCGGAAAAUUUUAAAAGUGGCGGGCAAGCAAGACAAUAUAACAGGCACUUCGAUCAGCACUGUGCCUCCACGAAAUUCCCGUACCACGCGCUAACUAGGUCUAGCUCGAACAUACUACCAAAUGCAGUGAUACUUAGUGGUGUAGCCUCUCAAGAUGAGACAACACUGAUAAGGUUCGACGCACAUCAGGCGUCUCCGUCGACAAAUGUGGACAGUGUUCAGAGUGUUUCCCAUGGGAGUUCGGAUGACGUACACUCACUCACCCACCCAACACCUACAAUAGUAACAGACCAAGAGAUCACCAGUCAGUCCAGGCAAUACACCACUUCGAAUCGGUCAUUUGUGCAUCGUACUUGGGGGAGCGAAAGAACCAUAGCCAAAUCGGCUAGACAGUACACUAUUCUUGACACUGCAGAACACGCGUGCAUGCAAGUGGACAAGUAUCCAUCAGAAUGGGAAUGUAGCCGGGCCUCCAUAUGUCAUCCAAUCUCACUGACAAAAUGCCAAGAACAUCCCGUCUUUCUAGCUAGGAUCGUGGACAAACAGCUUUCCCAGAACACGGGAUCUUUGCCGUAUGACAAUCGAGAGAAGACCGUGCGAAACAUCGAGACCCCGAUGUCAACUAUGAAAUUAAUGAAUGAAAUGGGUCGCCCCAAUGCCGGGGUAUGCCGAAUAGUGGAUUAUACUGAGACUUCAGACUGGUACUUGGAAACUGAAAGCACCUCAGUGUCCACGCCUUCCGAAACCGAUGGCGAUGCGAUGGGAAACGGCAUAACGGAGUUCGACUCAAAUUCCCAAAAACCGAGUGUGUUAAUACAUCCAACUGAAUGUAGUGGGCAAGAACAUAUUGUGAAGUCGCUAUUAACACAUCCGAAGUCUCGCAAACACAGCCGAUCAAACUCACUUCCGGAGCAACCAGAAGUGUGCUUCAUGAACGAGUCCACCGAGUACCUAAAUGAGCGAAUGAGCUUUGCGAGACAAUUGACAGGUUGCAACAUGCUGUUGGAUAGAAUCCAUUCUUACCUUAGAAGAAAGACAGAGGAAUCUGGUGAUAAGCGACAGUCUCUUUGUAGCGAUGCUGCUCUUCAGUACUGUAAAUCUGAAACAGCCCCACCUGACCACGGUCCCAUGCUGAUUGGUUUUCGGCCGCUCCCAAACCAGCCGCUCGCACGACGGUCGUGCGGAGAUUUUUGCCCUAAUCGUUCGAUGUCUUCCACUUCACUGUGUCCAACUCCAGCUGAUUUCACGCUGAUGCUAGACUUCCCAAAAUCCCAACCUGAUUAUCUCAUGUGUCCAUGUUAUAUGUGCUUGAAUUCGAAUUCCAAUCAGUCUCGACAGCUGAGGAGUUCUACCUCAGUAGGCACAGACUCUGACGACAGCCAUCGUACUGAAUCAGGUUUGGAUGGCAGUUCAACUUCAGACUCUGUGGUUAACUUAACAAUGGACUCUGGGAAUAGCACUGUUCGUUCAUAUUCGGUGAGUAAAGCGCAUUCCCUUUUGGCGAAACCAAGCGUAAUUUGCUUUCUGAUGAACUUGAAAGAUAACGAAGUAGAACCCUUGAAUAAUGAGGCUUUUCUCCUUAACCAUGACAAUAUAAAGCGGCUUUUACAAACGAGUUUGGGUUCAAGGAUGAGCAGUGCUAUGCCCCAACCUAUUAUGAGCAAUAUAAUCAGUUGUGCUAAGAGCAUUGCUAAACUCAAAAGGCUGCGUUGCGUUUUACUCAUCGGCGCGCUGAAUAACGCGAACGAAUCAGAGAACCGUCAAUUACUGGAGCGACAACUGGAUCGGCUCGGUAGCGCUGUUGAAGUCAACCAAAUCCAUGAGGGUUAUGUCGAUGGAACUGUGACACAGGACUCACACAACGAAAGCAUGUGCAGUUCACUUUCAAACGUCACACAAGCGGCAGCGAACGACACAUCUAUGUCAGAAACUGCCUUCGACUCCAUGUCAUCGUUGUGUGACUCGCGAUGCAGGCCAUUGUAUCAAGGGGAACACGACUCUGGAGCCGAAAAAGGAGUGUCACAAUGGAGUUCGGGCAGACCCGAUAUAACUAAGGCGCCAGUAGUCGUGCAAACAGUGAAACCACAGAGCACCAGUGGAAGCGAGGAGAAACAACCGCGUUACUCUGAUAAGACUACUCUAUCCCAUUCUUCAGCCUUAUACCUUUCCGGUUUACCCAGUGACGGUGCCCUGGUCCCUGCUUCAGUAAAUACUGCGACCACAAUAGAAACAUUGAACGACACGCAACCCGUGCAACGCUUAGGAUCAGUGGACAAUAACACUGAGGUACUCUGCAGUGGUGAGCACAAGAGAAAUUUCAAGAGGACUCUUAUACAGAAGUGUUUUUCCAGACUUCCAACCCACCAACUAUAUACUCUUACUGUUGCGGAAGCAUAUAUGAAGGGCGAUCGUGUAACCAACGGGACCGGAUUGUCAGAUGCUCGAGAGAAUAAACGACGAAGACGUGAGGCCAGCAUUCAAGAUGAGCCAGCUCCAUCGGACGAGUACUUAAGCCCAAUCGUUGGCGCAGAUGUGGACGCUAAGAAUCCCCAAAUAGAGAGCCGAGAGCAACAAUUUAAAACAAACCCAAUCUCGUAUCAGACGCAGCAGAGGCACUCGCAGCCAGUUUCUCACCAGUCGCAAAAUCUGGGUAGCGCUGACAACGAACCGCAUACAUCCAUUCGGGUCCCAGAGCCGACGCCGUCAGUUUCGCUGAAUCCGAGUUGUGGGUUCCUGAAUGUCGAUCAAAUGCUGUACCAUCCUGUAGUCUCAAGUGGUAGGCAGAGUAUGCUAAAUGAGCACGGUUAUUACUCUAUGGUAGAUUGGAAGAAAGGGCCAGGUCAAGAAAGCGGUUAUCCACUUAUGCGAGGAGGCGUACAUUACAUGUGGCAUCCUGCCAUCCUUAGAAGUCUACCGCAUACACGUUCAAACCAUACCGUGACAAACGAUUGGAAGUUGAAAGCGGCCACUUCAGUCACAGAGAUGACGGAUGAUAAAUGCGAGAACCCGGCUGAAAGUAUGUUGCCCUUCGCGAGCUACAAGCAGGGGACGCAAAACUUCAACGUAAAUAGUACGCCGGAAAAAAAUCCGCGUGUCACAUCCUCAGUAAGUACGGUGGAAGUAACACCAAGCGAUGACUUUGCGGUUAAAAAUCCCUCGAAACAGAUUCUUGAUACAAAUGUUAAAUGGAAUAAGAGUGUUGACUCUGAUGAGUUUAUCUCCAGAAGCCGGAAGAACUCGGAGCACAAUAAGGGAAGGCUUGCCAUACCGCGGUUUACAUCCAACUAUACUCCGAAGCUAGACAAAUUAGGGCCUUUGGCAUCAAGAAGCCUACCAUCUAAAUAUCCCCCUAGUCCGUGGCCCAUGAUCCUUGGUCAUCAUGAUGCCGCACCCUGUUCCCAAACAGCGUCACCAAAACUCUCCAGGGUUUCACUUUCCACCGCCUCACAGCUGCCAUAUUCGCACAAUGGCGCGCAAACAUCCGAACCUACGGAACCGUCUGUAAACACCGGAGGCAACAUUAGUCACCCGGGGACACCUCCUAGGCCACCGAGAAGACACUGGCCAUCAUCACGUCCCCAGAGGCCUACUAAACUACCUGAAGCAAAGCAGCCACCUUCAUCUGACGUCUCCAGUUACGUAGGGGAUAGCAGCUACAGUGUAGAUAAUACAGAUCAGUUUCUUCAGCAAGUUGUGCAACUAUUUUCUGAACCAGCCGAUUCCAUGCCACUGGUUGCUGAACCGGAACUUCUAAAUAUGGAAUCUACGCCUAUCGUGACUCAAGUCCUUCAGAUUCCUAGCCCCCCAGCACAAAUGGAGCGGCAGCCGCAUGAUGAAAUACUCCUAAAUCAGCAACCUGAUUGCAACUUGGCUCCCGCAAGGGAUGACGCAGGAUCCAUGAAGCGACUAACCUCCACUCUACAUUGCCCCUGUCCAAAUCAUAGUGAUGCCAAACGUUGCUUUGUAACGCCACAUCCAAAUUCACAAGGUGUUGAAUUGGGACACCAGGUUGAGAACAGACAUGUCGGGCAUCAAGUGACAAAAUGGAAAGCUAAUUAUCGUUUGUCGCCUGUAGAUAGCUUAUCUCCACCUGAGUCAUCUCAGGUCCGAUUCAACGCAAAUGUCUCCCUAAAGAUGAACACGCAUCAUGAAACAGGGUCUACGCCAACGGACCUUGAACCUCGGAGAAAAGGUUAUUCCUAUUUACCGCAAGCAGAACAGGAAAGUUCUGGAAAAUUACAUAAAGGUUUACUUACUUCCAAUGUGAGAGUUAUUACUCAGUCCGGAUCCGCAACAAUCAGUCGUACCCUCAAUGCUGACACGAAAGUGAACCACCUUGCCUCUGGUGAACUGCCUGCAGCGAAUCAGGUUGUCUACACACCAGUAAAGCAAGAGAAUCCAAAAACGCAGUGCUUCCGAAUGGGCUACGGAUGGACCGAAGUUGGUUCUGGCCCCAAACUGCCUCCUCAUUUGACUGACGCCAAACCUACGACUGUUUUUAUUUCAGACAAUAAAUGUCCGCAUGAGGCACUUUGGGAAACAGCUGCAAACGAAAAAGCAAAUGGUGGAAGAAUGAAAACAAUUUGGUCCAGGCCCAAAGUUGCUUAUUCUGCAGGCAUGGUACACUCCGCCGAAGAACUUACUUUGACGACGAUUUGUCCGGUAAAUCCAUUGGGUACACAAUCAACAAUGCGAAUGGGCCCAAUCAGAAUGAUUUCUUCUUAUCCGCAGAAGAAGGAUCCAGUGGAUUUAAUAAAGAAAGGGCGUGAAGAGUUUAGUAAGUUCAGAGGACCACUUAACCACCCGGGGUACAAAAGUGGCCAAUUCGAGUUCGAAUUGAAGCCACAAAAUUGGGUGGAAUAUCAAGCAACUCCCUCCCAAAAAACCCACAAUAUUCCUUCAGGUGCCGACUUUCCGGCACCGGUGGUCCCGGCUGAAUUGUCGAUGCAUGAUAAUUCUGGGCAAAGAAAAGAACUCCGAGUUGAAAAACCUCUGCUCACAGAAGUAGUAGAAUUAACGAACACUGAGCGCCUCUCAUUGGAACAUCCUACUGUGAACGUCAACGACACCGGAGGUUUAUCCAAGCAAAGGCGAAUUCACAAUGGACGUUCAGAUUUGCCCAUGGAUGCACUCAGUCGCCGGCAUGACCACUUAAGCAGGUCAAGUUCGGCGGGGCUUAGCGGAGCGCCUAUGUCAACCGACGGGGAUGACAAAGACGGCAUGCGACCAAUCUCAGUACAAACAAAUAGCGUAGUGCUGCCUGUUGAAGAGCUGAAACUUGCGGACAGGCAACUAGGCGAAAGAUUUCACAUAUGCCAUGUACAGAGUCACUCGAUAACUGUCUCUGAUAAUGAUGGCCCCCCUAACCAGUCCUUCAGAAGUUGUGCGACAGCAGAGUCCGUAAUGUCACUUUAUACAAGGCACUUAACUGGUAGCCACCAAGAAAGAGAUAAUCAGGUGAAAAGUGAACUAAGCUCGUGUGCGUUAGGUAACACCAAGUGUGAUACUAAUGCGAGCCAUAUUGUCUACAGCACUGUGGCUUCAAGUUCUGCUACCCAAAGGCGCCUUUACUAUCCGACUGCAGUGAGUGCUGAGCCUAAGGUUCCAUGUUCUCCCUUAUGUGCCCAAGAGGAGAAAGCGUUGCGGCGGACAAACCAGCAACAUAUUCGUAAGGUUCCUUCAAACGGAUAUGAAGUUCUAAAUCAUGCGAAAAGUGGUAGAUCUGCCGCUCAAAGCCACCGAUGCGAGCCUUCUUAUACUAGUCAGACUUUCUUUCGUGGCAAAAGUGUUAGGUUUCUAAGGACUGUGUCCAUUCCUGUCAGAAGCACACCUGAACCGGAUAUCAUCACAGGCACCACAUUCGCGACCACGGACCCGGUAAGUAUGCAACUCCGAUCCGAUCCUCAUGCCUACAUCAAUAAACCCUGGUGUCGCUUCAAGGUGCUUCUACAAAAUAUAAGGAGGAAGAGAAGUUUAGGACACGGCACACAUAACCCCAGUGAAACUGGUAACCAUCAAGAGAACUCGCUUAGGCACGGGGUUAAGGAAACGUCACCGGAUUCAAUUAAUGAUGUCAAAAUCAGUUACUCACAAAUCCCGUCAGCAAUUAUGUACCGACCUGACGAUUACUCCCCUACAUCGUCCUCACCCUCGCACGUGGAUAAUAGCAGCGCGCCUUCCUGUGUAACAAACACGACAGCGCCGCUGGGUACUUCAAUCUCAGUCAGUUCCAGCGGCCAUUGUGUCAGCGCCGAAACUGAUUUCUUUGACAUGUUCACUAACACAAUUGCUUAUAUUCCACCCUCGUACUGAGUUCGCUUUCAACACACCCCUUUUUUCCUUUGUGCUUCCAACCUUACUACAGCCCACUUAGCCGUGGUCUCGUUUUAUUUUGCAGCCGAUUUAAUUGUGCCUUAUUUUACUAAUCCUGUUUGUGUACUAAAGAAAAUGAGUCACACUUGACUGCUUUCAUUUAUUUUACGCAAUAUGCGCCGCUGCCGUGUGCAUUCUUUGUGAAUUGCUUAAUCUACG